UUCUUUGAGAUUGUGUUUUUGCUUUAGGUUUUGUUAUUUUAUUAGACUGUGUUAUACUAUAUAAACAGUAGAAAGAACAACUUUUAUUAUCGAUAUGAUUCUCUCUUACCUAUAAACUCAGCAAUGGAAAGCGGAACACAAAGUGUUAUCACAUCUAAUCAACAAUCUGUUAUUCAGUCACCUAAUCAACUGAACAACGGAACUGAUUCUACCAGGAAUACUUCAUCGGAAGAUACCCAGGCUAAUUCUGACACAGCUAAAAGACAGCGGGAAAUCCUUUCUAGGCGUCCUUCUUAUAGAAAAAUAUUGAGUGACCUGUCAAGUGAUAGCCCUAGUGGAAUUAAUCCCGCAGUGAAAAUGGAAGUGCUAAGCGAAAAUAAGUCCUCUGAGGAAUCUGAAUCAGAGUCUGACUUGAGUGCAAUCUCAAUCAAUACACCGACAAUAGCAUACCAAACGAGUACGGGCACUGUUACUAUUCAACAGGCUCCACAAACGAUACAGAUAUCUACACCUUCCAUAAGCGACCAAUCUGACAUGCAAACUUUUUCUGUGGCAAAUGCUCUGAGUCAGGGACAGGCUAUAGUGCAGCAAGAUGGUCAGCUGUGGGUGCCUGGAAGUCAUGUUGUUGUCCAAGGCAGUGGUGGUGAUCUUCAGGCAUACCAAAUUCGCUCAACAGGUGGUGGCCAGCUUUCUGUUGUAUCUGGUAAUUCACCGUCCAACACAGUGCAAACGCCGCAGCAAAUGGCAGAAGAAGCAUCCCGAAAACGAGAGCUAAGAUUAAUGAAGAAUAGAGAAGCAGCAAGGGAUUGUCGACGCAAAAAGAAGGAGUACAUUAAGUGUCUGGAAAACAGGGUACAGGUACUGGAAACUCAAAAUAAGGCACUUAUCGAUGAACUUAAGACAUUAAAAGAGAUGUACUGUGCAAAGGACAUGUGAUCUUAAAUACAGGACAGGAAUGUUAGACAUCCUGUUUGUCCGAUAGCUUGCUCAAGCCUAUAACUGGCAGUGUUAAUAACAGCUGAAUAUUUGUCAGACUGAGUUUAUAUUGAAAAUGCCCACUCGCAUUUUUGGAAUUGCAAACUAUGUUGAAUGAAGCCUCAACUUCACCAGUUUUAGUACUUCGAUUUUAAUGAAGUAUAAUAUAGUUGGUAGCAUCAAAACCUAACACAAAUUUAAUGUAAUACAAAUCAAAUAAUAAUACAAUUGUAUCUUCAACUAAUCUUGUUUUGUGAUAAUAAUUUUAUAAAAUACAUAUGUAUAAAGAAGGUUUGACUUGAUAGUAUCAAUAUCUUACAGAUUUACAAUAAGGAAAAGUCAAUGAAGUUGUGAAGUUAUUGUAUCAUUAGGACUUUAGUAGUACUUCCUAAUUAUUCUCACAAAUCUGUAUUUUUUGAAAGACUGCUUUUAUUUUAAAUCUAUAAAAUGUAUCUUCCGAGAUCAAUUGAGACGAAAGAGAAAAUUUAGUGGAUAUAUUGCUAUUUUAUAAGGUCUUGAGAUUUUAUAUUGAACUACUUUUGUGCACCUAGUGUCUGUCUUGAUUCCUACUUGAAGAUGAUCAUCUUAAAAAUUUAUAUACCGUAAGAUGCGGAAACUUUUAUUUUUCGAAACUUCGAACUGGUAUUUAAUCGGUUAUGAAUUCUGUUAUCCCAAAUAUUUGUUUAAAGUUGCAGAUGGUGAUAUGUUGUGAUUUGAAUUGGUGAUUCUUAUUAUCAUUUUCUCACUGCAUAUUGUACAUAUAGAUUAUUUUAUUUGCAGUGCAGUUUUAUUGUUGCCUGUUUUCCUUGUAAUUAUAUUUUUGCAGGGUUACUAGCAUUUUUGUUGCAAAUUUAUACCUGCCAUGCAUUGGCCAGAAUUAAUUUUGUAACCAAAACCUUCUGUUUUUAAGUACCAGUAAUUAAGAUUUUUGCAUUUCAAAAAAAAUUUCUAGCUUUUUCACCUAAUUUCAUUUGAAUUUUGAUUUGCAAGAGAAAUUGAUGGAAAAUAUUCAAUUCAAUGACACAAGAUGACUAAAGCACUUGAAAGCUGCUUAUUUAUGGACUUAUUCACUCAGUUUUUCAAUAUUUCAAGUAUUUUCAAUAGCCAAACUCAAUUCCAAAAAAUUUUGCCAUUUUUAUAAUUUCGCUAAUUGCUUAAGAGAGUUAAUGUUAUACAACGGUACAUCAGCAUGUUCAUUUUAGUCUAAUCUUUAUGUUUAGAAUAUAUCAUUCAUCCCAAUUUCUGUGGCAGAAAGAAAAAAAGUUAUUUAAUAACUAUUUUUGGUGCAAAUUUUAAAUGCUGGAAUUGAAUCAUUCAGAACUAUCGUUUUUUCUGCCUGCAUUCAAUCAAUUACGGUUUAAAACUUCUGUUCAUGAAUUUAAUCUUCUGCCUUGAAAAACUAUCAUCUUCCAGGAUUUGAGAUGCACUGCAAUGACAGUAAUAAGAAUACAGCAAUUCAAUCAAGGAGGUUGCUGGACACACAUACUGUUCAAGUAUGAUAUGGUUAGUUCGUUGAUCUCUUUAUCUAUGUAAAUUUGAAUUUAUGAUUGCCUUGAAUUUAAAUUUGAUAUCAAUGUGUUUGUAUUCGGCUGUAUUGUUUUGUUGCGUUUAAUAAUAUACCUAUUUCUUUUGAAUUAUUUUA